CACACACUCUCUCCCACUGCUCUGCACACGCAUACACACGCGUUGUGCGUGGACUGGUAUAGUUACGCACAAGUUCCCCCACCGCUGCUACUUCAGCUGCUGACUUGUUACGGGAACUGUCAGAAGGUUGGUGGGGGGAGGUGACGGGAAAGGAUAUUCCUCAAUUGUUAAGGCGAUCUGCUGCUAUCAGUUCCUGAUGGACUUCCGCACGACGCAGACUACAAUAUCCGUCUUCACCAGACGCUGAGUACGUGAUGUGUCGUGAAGUGUGACAACGGUGAGAACUAUAUUAAACUGUGCCAAUUAAACUACUGACACUGGUGAUUUUACAACAAAAAGAUAACGUAAGAAUAACGCGAUGGAUUUUCUUAAAAUAUGGGCUGAAAUUUCCGUGCUUCUUGGUCUACACAUGCGCAAAGUGCUGUAAAAUGAAAGUGUAGUGGAGGUUUGUUAAUUUAAACGUUAAGUUGAUGUGUUCAGUGCGAGAAAGAAUGCGGGUACACCCAGAUGGAUGAACUGCCAUUUCCCUGCGAAUUUCCGCGUUUACUGGACUACAACAUGUGAAAUGAGGCACAAAGUGAAGGAACAAUUCAGUUUGUGAAUUUAAAUAUUGAACUCCUUCAAUUAACAAGAUACAAAUAUGAAAAGAUUCACAAGAACUGACUGAAAACUGUGUUAUGGGAUAACGGAUGUGUAAUUAUAGUGAUUUCAAUACUGAAAAUGAUAGUUUAGAAUAGGAAUAUAAAUUGACUCCGAAAAAUAGAGUGUCAUUUCCCAAUAAACUUCAACACAAUAAGAACUGGAAAUCAUUCACUGGCUUACACAGGCGUACUGUGAUGCAAAAUGAAAGCCUAAUUAAUUAUAUUAAUUUAAAUACUUAAACUUGUAUACUUACAACGCGUAACAAUGCAAAAAAAAAUACUAGGCAUAAUAAACUGUUAGUUUCCGAUGGACUUUCGUGAAAGGUGGACUGAAAUUUUUUUAUUUACUGAUCACAAACUUGUAAUAUGGCGUAAAAUUGAAGUAUAUCGACGAAAAAGUUCAUAUUUUAUCCGUUCCAGUAUCGAGUAACAUAAAAAAAUACAUCGUAUAAAAUUAUCCAUAAAAAGAAAUCACUUCCCGAUGAAUUUUUGUGGAAUACUGACUGGAACUGUAUGAUAUGUCACAAAAUACAGCUACUGUGAGAAAGACAUUAAAUUCUGUCAAUAUAUGAAUUUAAAUCAGUGAAGAAGAAUAAGAAUAAAUUAAUGUGAUGCUGUGAACAUUUUAAAAUUGUAAUUAACGAUGAGACAGUUUGCGACAUCACAGCCUGUAAGAAGUAGGUGAUUGGUGUUCGUUUUAAUUACUGUUUUCAUCAUGCCUAUCAGUGAGGACGAAUAUGACCACAAACCCCAGCACCAUGGGAUGUCCAAGGCGGAGCAGAGGAGGAGCAAUAAGCCGAUCAUGGAGAAGAGGAGGAGAGCGCGAAUCAACCACUGUCUGAACGAGCUGAAGGCCCUCAUCUUGGACGCCAUGAAGAAGGACCCAGCACGCCAUUCCAAGUUGGAGAAAGCUGAUAUUCUUGAGAUGACGGUGAAACAUCUACAGACUAUACAGCGCCAGCAAUUAGCUGUGGCUGUGGCAACAGACCCUACAGUACUACACAAAUUCAAGACUGGUUUCAACGAAUGUGCCAGCGAGGUCAGUCGCUACAUCAGCCGCAUAGAAGGUGUCGAACCAGCAGUAAAACAGCGCCUGGUAGCGCACCUUUCCAGCUGUGUUUCAGGACUCCAACAGCUGUCCCCUUUCACUUUCGGGGGCAGCACUGCAAUUAGCAGUACUAUUGGCAGUGUGUUUCCUACAAUGGGGGUGUCGACUGCACUCCACUUGCCUCUCCAGCAGGGACCAAAUACGCCAUCCAGUACAACAAACCUACAAACUAUACUACCACAGAUCCCAACUGGAGACGUCAAUAACAAUCAUCACAACUCUGGAACGAGGCUGCAGAUGACAGGUGGCUUACAACUCAUCCCAAGUCGCCUCCCAACAGGAGAACUUGCUCUCCUACUCCCUCACAGUGGUCAGCUUCCUGGAAAUGUUUUACCAUUUUUCCCACCUCUAGCAGCAACACAAGGAACAACCUCUACUACUUCGACAACAUUUGCGGCUACAUCAGCACUGAUCAACACAGAAAACGUAGGCCCCAGCUCAACAGUUACCAGUGGCAGUAUUGACCGAUCCCAUCCGAGUGCGUUUACGGCUGUUGCAAGAUCUCAAAGCCCAACACCUGCCCAGAAUCCAUCCAAGAGUCCAUCAUGUUUGCCACACGAUGCCUGUUCAUCAAGAGUACGAUCAGGAAGCCCACCCCUACUCAGUCCUACCUCCUCUGUCUCGAGCUGCGACACGACAGAUACAUAUCCUAGUCCAAACACGCCCCCACCACCAUCAGUGCAGCCAUCUCUGGUGAAUUCUCAACACAUCCAAAACCAGACACAACCAUAUCCAACAACUGUGAACACAAAUCAGUUUAAAAUUCCUCUCGGAAGUCCAUCAUCAGGUUUCAAAGUCUUUCAGUUUCCUGGAACGGAAACUCUGAAACCACCAGCAUCACCACAACAGCAGCCUCUGGUGACUUCAACAUCAUCCCCUGCUGUGGACGCUCCUGGGAAACUGAAACUUCCACUGCAGACCACAGACUCAAUGUCAUCAACCGGAAUUUUAGGGACUGUCACUGAAGUUAAGUUUGCAUUCAAAACAGUACCAGUGCCAGCAGAAGAGUCAUUGUCUGCCAUUCCGACUGCCAGUGUUUUUCCGACAGUAUCUUCAUCAAAUCCUACUUUCCGCCACAGUCUUCCUGUCACGCUGUCGACACCAGUUGAUCAGUGUCUGUCAGUAGUGACGGCAAUCCCUGGAACUACAACUUUUGUUGAAGGACAUCAUAUUGCAGUAACCAAGAAUCCUCCAUUAGACUUCUCCGUCAAGAAGGAAGACUUCCACAGUACCUCCACACAAACACCCACUUCCAACAAGAGACAACUGCCGGCAAGUUUCGGUGCAAGUGAGUGUCCAAGUGACCUUGUAUCGCAUUCAUUCCCAUCGCCAGACAAGAUGCUCAGGUUGUCAUUUAAUGUGCAAAAUGAGGUACUCCACAAAUCAAACACCAACACAGGCACUCAAGGUUUGUUGAAAUGCUCAGAAUCGAAGAGUCACCUCUCAGUGGUUGUAGAAGAUCUCUCAAACAAGCCAUCCACAUCGACAGAUGCCGUUACAACUACAUCUGCAGCUCAAACAGGCAAUAAGGACAUGUGGCGCCCCUGGUGAUAAUCAUGAGAACUUGAACCAAUUUGAAAGGUGCUCACCUGCAAGAAUUCCAAUACCCACUCUGUCUUUCAGUAAAUAUAAUGUAAUAUACAUAUCCAACAAAGCUGUGAUGCAGUUCAUAGAAAUGUACAUUCCAAAGAUGUAUUAAUCUCCAUGAAUUAAAAAAAUUAUAUAAGUA